AUGUCUGAUUGUUUGACUUAUGUUGAGAAAGGAAGUAAAUCAGCAAAACCUGAUAAAAAUUGUUGCCCUGAAUUAGCUGGAAUGUUGGAUACUAAUCCAAUUUUUUUUUGUCAAAUGUUGGGUAAAAGUAAGGAUUUUCCAAUUGAUUUGGAUCUUAAGAAAGCUCUUAAAUUGCCUUAUGUUUGUGGACUUCAAACUCCUGAUGUUAGCUUGUGUUCAGUGGCAACACCUUUGACUUCUUUUCGUCGAAAACCAGAAGCUACUAAGUGGAAAACAACUCCAUUUCGUCAUUAUGAUGUACUUUUGAAGCUUUUUUCCAAGGAUAGAGCAACGGGUGAAAUUUUUUGA